AUGAAUUCUGGAAGUACUCCAUAUUUUUUUUUGAAUUUAGCUAAACAUAUAUAAUAUAAGAAUAAGAUUGAAAUGGAAAAUAUGAAUAAAGCUCAUUCAUAAUUAUCAUAAUAUGAAUAUUUAACUUUAUAAGAAUUUAACAUUUUUUAUAGAUACGAAUAAAGUUUGGUUAGAAAUCUUAAUGAAUUAUUAGUGAGAUAAAAAUAAUUAUGGAUUGAAAAACUUAGAAAUGAAAUUUAAUUAGAAAAGAUAUUAAGUUGUUCAGAAGAUAUUUUAAAGAAAACAUUAAAUGUGAAAAAAAUAAUAAAAACUUUUGAGAGUUCUAAAGACAGUCCUAAAAUUGAUUCAAUCUUAAACUUAAGAAUAAAAUUAGUUAGUAGUCUUGUUUGUAUGGAAGAUAUUAAUGUAUCAAUAAAAAUUGCUAGACAAAUAGAAAAUUAUGAAAAAGAAUUAAUAAAUUAAAAACAAUAAACUUUUAAUUGUUUAUAAUUUAUAAAUGGUUAAGCAUAAUCAGUAAUUUCAAAUAUUUCUAGUUAAACAUUAGGUUGUAUAUGUUAAUAAGUAAAUGAUUAAUUCUGCAAUUUUUUUGGAUAUGAGAGUAACUAUGGAGCAUCAUUAACAAAAAUAGAAUAAUUGUUGCCAAGUAAGAUAGGUAAAAUACACAAUGGAUUAAUAGAAUCUUACUUAUAAUCAGGUAAAUCAAUUCGAUUGUAUUAAAAUUCAGAAUAGUUUAUAAUAAAUUGUGAUAACUUGAUUGAAAAAGUAAAUAUAUGUCUAAGUACACUUUUUCCUUUUUAAAAUGGAUAGUACUAAUUUUUAAUAAUUGGUCACAUAUUAAAAUUAACAAAAUAUGAUAAAAAGGAAAUAGAUUAUAAUAAGAAGGGAUAUAUAUUAGUAGAUUCAAAUUUCCUUGUUUUCGGAAUAUCAAGAAAUGUAUAUGAGAGAAUCAAUUAUAAGUAUUUUUAUAAGAAUCAAAAAGACAUAGAAUUAAUAAUACCUGAAGAGAUAUAUGAUUAAUAUCCAAUUUAAGCCUUUAUUCCUUAAUUGUCAUUAGUAUUAGAAGAAUAUUAUAAAAUAUUGUCUUUAAAAAAUGAGAAGAGAAUAUUGAGACAUGAUGUAAUUUGUUAAAGAGAAAUUGGAGUAUUUUAGGCUCCAACUUAAAAUAGUUAAGAAUAUAAGAAUAAUUCGUCAGUUUUAACAAAAAAAAUAACAAAUAAAAAUAUGAUGAAUAUUUUAAAAGAUGUUAAUUUCAGUUUGGCAAAUAUUCCAACACUUUCUCAAAAAUAAUACCCAAUAGAAUAUAGUGUUACAUAAAAAGUCUUGAGUUAUGUUGAAAAAGAUGGAAACUGUGAAUUCCUAUAUUUUAUAAUAGAAAUCGAUUUUUUAGAAGAUCCAAAAUUAAAUAUUACUCCUUCUAAAGUUAUACCUCGAACUCCUGCACUUUCUGAAAUAUUGAGAAGACAACAAUUUUAGAUUGAAUAAAAUAGACCAAAUUAGAGUAAUAUAAUUUUAUCUAAUGAUGAUAAUAAUGAUUAAAUAGAAUUAGUGGCAGAAUUAACAAAUACUGGAACUAGAAGAAGUUCUAAUGAAAUAAUAGAUCAAUUAGAAAAGAUUAUUAUCUAUAUUAAUGAUACUCUAUUACCUAAAUCAAUUAAAGGUUUAAUUGCAUAAUUUUUACUAUAAAUAUUAAUAUUAUUUGCAAUAAUCGUUAUUUUGUCGAAUAUUUUCUAAUAUAAAAGAUCUAUUUAAUCAGAUUGCAUUGAAUAAAUUACUUUUGAUUUAAAUUUUUUGGAUGCUUAUAGUUAAGCAAUGUCUGGAUCUAGACAUGUCAUUUACUAUAGAGAUUUCUAUUCUCUAUAAAAAGACACUUUAAUUAAUUUUAAUCCAAAGCAAUUAAAUUUUAGUAGAUAUGAUAAAAUCUAUGUUGCAUGGCAGCAUAUUUCUAAAGGAAAUAUAAGAUUAAAUAAUAUGUAUGAAAAUUACACUAAAAUAGCUCAAAAGAGUGA